UUAUGACCUGCAUGACAGUGCUUUAUUGUCAUUAAUUUAGUGUAAAGUUAAAAAUGGGUGCAAGUUGCAAUGACUUCAGUGUUAAUUUUUGUUUUAUGUUUUACUGGCUUUAAAUUUAAACCAUUUGAGUGCACUGUUUGUCUAAAAGUAGAGUGGAUUUACUAAUCUGUUAAUUAGAUUACUGCUCUUGACUUAGUGCCUCCGGUGUCCAUAUGCAUACAUACCAGUCACUUUAACAACACCAACAAGAACUCUAGCUGACUCCAAAUUUCAUGAUAAAUGCUGACCAGGAUGGCUGUCCUGACAUUAACUUUAGUUACUUUUAUCUGCUGGAUAAGUUUUGGCAGUGUACAUGGAAAUGAGAAGAUUAACUCUGACAACAUAACUCUCAUUUUGGAUCGACUUUUGGAUGGUUAUGACAACAGACUGCGACCUGGAUCUGGAGGUGGUGUUACAGAGGUGAAAACAGACAUCUUUGUUACCAGCUUUGGACCUGUUUCGGAUGUUGAAAUGGAGUACACCGUGGACAUGUUCUUCCGUCAGAUGUGGGUUGAUGAGCGGCUAAAAUUCGAAGGCCCCACUGAAAUCCUGCGGCUGAACAACCGUAUGGUGGACAAGAUCUGGACGCCAGACACUUUCUUCAGAAACUCCAAGAAGGCCAUUUCUCAUAACACGACUUCACCAAACAAACUCUUCCGCAUCAUGCAGAACGGGACUGUCCUCUACACCAUGAGACUGACAAUCUGCACAGAGUGUCCAAUGAGCCUGAUGGACUUCCCCAUGGAUGGCCACGCCUGUCCUCUCAGGUUUGGAAGCUAUGCCUACACGAGCAGUGAAAUCCUUUUCACUUGGAGGAAGGGGCUAAUAGCAUCUGUCGAUUGUCCUGCUGAGUCCAUGAGUCUUUUGCAGUAUGAUCUGGUGGGACAGAAAUUGUCCACUGAGGUUUUCAAAUCAAACACAGGUCACUACUCUGUGCAGGUGGUCCAUUUCUUCCUCCAGAGGAAGCUGGGCUACUACCUCAUACAGACUUACAUCCCUCUUAUAAUGGUUGUUGUGUUGUCACAAGUCUCCUUUUGGAUCAACAAAGAGUCUGUUCCUGCACGCACAGUUGCUGGCAUUACCACAGUGCUGACAAUGACCACCUUAAGCAUCAGCGCUCGCGAGUCACUUCCCAAAGUAGCCUAUGCCACUGCCAUGGAUUGGUUCAUUGCUGUGUGUUUUGCCUUUGUGGCGUCGGCUCUUGUCGAGUUUGCAGCAGUGAACUACUUCGCCACCCUUCAGGCCAACCGUCUAAAGAAGAAGAAAGCUAGACAAGACAAGCUCGAAGUGUUGGCUACUGGCAGCGAAGAUGAUGCAGUUUCGAUGGACAGCAGCCCUCAGGAAGGCCUGAAGAGGAGAAACCACUCAGUGUGUCGGAGUGAGCUAGGAGAUGCUCCACCAGUGCCGAUUUUCCUCCAGCAGGGCUCUGCUUUUCCUCAAAUCCCACAGCUGGCCGGCACCAGUCCCAUCGACAAGUACGCCCGCAUCUUGUUCCCUCUGGCCUUCGCUCUCUUCAACCUAGUCUACUGGUACAUCUACCUGGCCAAGGACACAAUGGAGAGAGCCAGGGACGUGGUUGUAAACUAGGAGGACCUGAAAAAGGGCACGUGCAGCUGGAGAGACCUUCAGCAUCCAGCCAGUCUCACCUCACCCUCCUCUCUCUCUCUCUCUCUCUCUCUCUCUCUCUCUCUCUCUCUCUCUCUCUGUGUGUGUGAACAAGCUCUCAGCAGUCACUCUGCUCUCAUCUGACAGAGGAAAUGAAUCAGAAACUCAUUUAUUUUCCUGCCGCACAUCUAUUCAUUUCACAGGCUGUGACCACUGCCCACUUGUGUUCUGAUCAGUAGCUGAAGAGCUGCCCUUCACGGGCCUCAAUCACUUUAAAGCCCGCCACACGUACACACAACAACUUCUCGGGGCCCCCGGACCGAGACGAACACCACUCACAUACAAGCACGCAUGACGCUCCGACACACACUUUAGACACACAAACCAAGAAACACAUCAAAAAGAAGUGGAUGAUAUAAUCUAUGAUGGCUGUAACUGGUGGUGAUGCAACAGUGAACCAAUGCUUUCAGAAGCCUGCCCUCUACAGAAGCACAGCUCCCACUACAGCAAGAUCAAAGGCAAUUUAGAGGAGGCUCGCAUCCCUCCCCGCGGCUUCAAAAAUGUACUCAAACCUGAGAAAAUGAAUUGUGGGAUUGUGUUUUCCAUCCCACCUUUCUGCUCUGGCACUCUGGUGCUCCCUCUGAAUUUUCAGAUCUACUGCAGGUCCCCUGAAAACAUUGCAGUGAAGAGUAGGAUAUAAUACCCAUGGGUGUUGAUAACAUUAAUUUUCUAUUUUUGUACGAAGGCUGCAUGAUUGUUGGGCACUGAUGUUCGCAAGUAAAGUGUCUAUCUGCAGUGGAUGGACUGGGUUUUUUUUUGCCACUUAACAUGUCCAGUAACAUGAAAACUGUAGGGAUAAACUGUAAAAAUAAAAUGUUGACAUUUUGACCACUUUAACCCUUCACUGCAUGCUAUUGUUUGACCUUGUCAGGAUUUAGACAUCUGCCAUGUAGUAAACAUAAGAAUAAAUCAAAUAAAACUUGAAAUUAA